AUGAGCUCCUGUAGUGAGAAAAAUACCACGGAUACUAGCCCACCGCAAAAUCCCGUGGUUUCCUCACGUCCCCCAAAACGUGCUCGUUAUACAUCACCAAGUGCUAAAACUGCUCUCGUGCGCAAUCAGCAGAAGCAGUCUCUAAAAGCUGUUGAGCAGCGGCUUGCCGAGCUAGAGUCGUUCAUAUCGGAUGGGAGCGUUACUGGCCCUCAAAGACGGGACUCAGAGUAUGGAAGCCAGGCUUGGACCGAUUCUCUUCGGCUUCAGUCGCCAAAUGAGCAAGUCAUGAUGAAUACUGCGGCUCCAAGAAGACCCUCGCCAGUCUCUCCGGAUCGGAGAACGGAUGAUUUCGAUGGCCGUAACAUGGCACAAGUAGAUGGCGUCAGCCACGUCGAGGAGAUUUUGAAGGACUUGUCCCUUGAAGCUUCCGGUCGCUAUAUAGGAGCCUCAUCUCACAUUGGUAUAGGAAAGAUCAUCAGUUCCAUGGUACAGUCUACACCUGAUGACCAGGGAUCACCAGAGAGCAUUCACGAUAGCCAAGGAGAGCCCCUCAGUCCGAAAUCUGCUCACGAUGGACCUCUUCUGCAUCUUGUGUACGCCAUUGGUGGUCGAUUUCUUGAGACGACAGGCGAAACUGGUACUUUCUACCCGGAGCAGCAUUCUGAGCAGGCGCUCGAAAACUUGAUGGAAAUCAUUUCCUUUCAUGACAUCCGCACCGUGCAGGUUCUGCUACUUCUCUCAAUAUACAGUCUAAGAUCUCCUAAAGGUCCCGGUGCAUGGACUUACGUAGGUUUUGCUAUCAGACAAUGCAUUGAGAUGGGAAUGCAUCGCAAGAUUCAAGACAGACGAGAACUGCGGGUACUGGACUAUGAGAUUAGAAAGCGGGUAUUUUGGUGCUGCUACUGCCUCGACAGACAGGUUUCGAUCAUACUCGGGCGACCGUUUGCUAUUUCGGACCGAGAUAUUGAUGCCGAGUUGCCACUUGAUAUAGACGGAGACGUUGAGGAUCCAGAUGAGCUAGAUCAUGCAUUAACCGCAAUGAAAGCACUCAGGCCCGGUGAAAAAACAAAAACCACCGGAAUGACAGCAUUCAUAUACAUCACCAAGCUACGGCAGAUUGAGUCAAGAAUUCAGCAGACCAUAUAUCGGGUGGAUAAGUCAGCAUCAUCAGCCACAAAAGAUGAAGUUGAAAAGUUUAUCUCUGAGCUGGAUCGAUGGCGGGACAGCAUGCCCGAAGAUGUCGUAAAGAAAUCGGGCAGUGUAAAGUCCCUCUUUGUUGAUGGAUACGAUUAUUAUAUGGUUUACUACUACAAGUGCAUGAGAUUCCUUUUGCAUCCCAUAAUUCUCUCGGCCAACUUGUCGGAGACACGAUUCUUGAAGAAAUGUGCUGAGGCAUGCGGGGGUGUCUGCCAAACAUAUAAGAAGCUACAUCAGACAGUCCCUGUAGGAUUUUCAGUCAUGGCGCUACAUUCGCUUACGAGUUUCGCAGGUCUAACUCUAUUGUAUUGCACCUGGGCAUCACCAAAAGAGAUAUUCAGCAUCAGCAUGAGCAAUGCAAUGAACUCUUGCAGCAUCGUACUUUACAUCAUUACUGAAAGGUGGAAAGGGGCUCAAAAGUACCGGGAUGUGUUCGAGUCAAUAAAGCAGUCCGUCAUGGACUCGAUUGAAGAGGGUCAUUACGAGCCACGCAGGGCAAUUCAGAGUCUCAAGCCUGGCCUAGGCAAUGCUGUUCAGGCCAUGAGCUCCUCUCAAGAAGGGCGAGGUGAAGUUCCAGCCAUGAUUUUGAAUAUGGCUGGGGGUUCAAGUCUAAUGGAAGAUGGUGGCUUAGACUCAUUUGAAUACCAACCUGAGAAUCAUGGUGAAAUGAAUACCAUAUUCUCAGGAAUAAGCUCUAUGAUACCCAUGGAUAGUAUGGCUGUAGAUUUCCAUACACUUGGGACAUUUAAUGGUAUAGAUGUCGGGAUGGCCGGAGAUUGUCACAUGCAGGAGAGCUUAUGGAUGUGA